UUGGCAACAUCACGUCCCAUCCAACUACAUUCUCGCUGUCUGGCUCAACACCUCAGCACUGCAGCCAUGGCGGGAGAGCGUUGCCAGCGGGGCAGCGGUGAGGAAAGCCAAGUCAUGUUUGCGAAUGCAUCGCUUGGUCGCUGAUCUCCCAGCGCUGUUUCGCCGCGGUGUCGUCCCCGAGGGCUUUGCCCCGGCAUUGGACACUGGGGACUUGCCGCGGCCAGGGCAACAGCUGACAGAGGUCUGUGCGGAAGGCAUUCAGUCCUUGGAGCUGUUGCUCUCGCAUCUGGAGACUGGGAAACGCAUCCAUGCUACAACUUCCAGGACCCCUGGCCCUGUGGCGUCACCGUCGGGCUUGGAGUCGCCCUGGCAGCGCUUCCUUCGGGCGGUGCCGGACCGGGACUUGGAGCUGUCCAGCGUCUGGGCCCACGCUGCUGCGCACCUGCAAGGGUUGGAGAUGGAUCCUGAGCAGCGGGAGACUCAGCUAAAAGACCUGGCUCUCUUGGCCCUUUGGCGCCGUUCCUGCCUGGUGCAUCGCUUUCUGGUGGAUCGCUUGUCCAACUGUGCCUGCUCCAAUGCUGACCUGGCUAUCUUGAGACCCUCCAUGAAGGCAGAAAUUCAGAUGUUCAAGGGCCUCCUGACAGCCAUCAGCGCCGGCUCCGUGGGCGCCUGCGCCGUAGCCGCCACGGCGCAGGCCACGCGCGACGCGGCGCAACAGCGCCGCAGCGCCGCAGCGGCGGCUGCCACGGCACUGGUGCAGCGCCGGUGCCCGGCGGCGCCAGUGCCAGUGCCGGGGAGGGCGCCGGUGGAGCCGCCAAACAGUACCGUUGAAGGCAUCCAACGUUGGCUGCACAGCGUGCGUGAGACGGCCAGUGUGGCAGCCAGCGGGUCGGACACUGACUGGAAACGACAGAAGGAGGUGCUCCGUGCCGGCUUAACUGGCACCGCGGUGUGCCUGGGAAGCGACAGCUGGCCAUCGCCCAAAGGUUCCUUGAAAAUCACUUCGGAACGCGAGUGCGCAAUUUGUUUGGAGAUGCUUCCCGCUGGCGCUACGCCAGAGAAAGUCAUUCCCCUGCCAUGUGGCCACUCCUUCCACUCCACCUGUGCGUCGCAGUGGCUGCAGAAGUGUCCGCGCUGCCCGGUGUGUCGGCAUUCGCCGUUCCUGCCGUUAGAGGUGAGGAAAACGCCUCUGUCUUGAUUGCAGAUAGCUCUCACGGUCUCACCCCGCAACUCCAGCAGCCUUGGAAGAUGCGAGGCGGAAUGGCACGUGGGAAUCAGACCCUUGGAAUAAUCUGACUAGAUGAUCC